GACAGAGCGAGAAGGAAGAAGGAGCGGAUUUGCGUGUGUGUAUUUUUUUUAAAGCCAUUCCUGCUUAUCCCUGCCAAUGGCAUUUUCCAGAAACUGCAGAAGCAGGGGGCUGCAGCCCAGGCCAGUCGGAGAGGGGACUGGGGGGUGGUGGUGGCUGAGAUAAUCAGUCGCUGCACCCUGCCUGGGUGUGUGAGUGUGUGUGAUGGGGCGCGUGCAGCGUGUGUCAGUUUCACUCCCUCCAGCUCUGACUCCGGAGUGCAUCUGUGCGUAGAUUUAUUUAUUUUUGGAGCAGCAGGAGGAGGGGGGUCGCAGCCCUACCCGCUCGCCGCUGAAUUCGGGACCCAGGAGUGGCGGGGGAAGGCGCGGGGAGAGGCGAUCCACCAGGCGAUGCUGGGGGCUGCGCUCCCUUCUCUCCCACCGGCGCCCUGAGUGGGUUUGACCCCCGGCCGGGAGGUGGGGAGAGCCGCGGCGAGCGAUGCUGGGGAAGUUUGGGAAGAAUUAGAGGGAAAUGGGUGGCCCCGGACCUGCCGCGGCUUGUCCUUGCCAGGCUCAUGCCGGAGCGGAUUACAAAUGAGAGGCAUGGACCGCACGACAUGGACCGCGGGGACCUGAGCGGGUAGAGCUCGAAGCAGCUUCUCUUAGGUUGCACAGUCACUAUGAACAAUGGCCCAGCUAUACUACAAAAAGGUAAACUAUUCACCAUACAGAGACCGGAUCCCAUUGCAGAUUGUGCGAGCAGAGGCAGAGCUCUCGCUGGAAGAGAAGGCCUAUCUCAUUGCUGUGGAGAAGGGGGACUAUGCCAGUGUGAAACAUGCCUUGCAAGAGGCUGAAAUCUACUACAACAUCAACAUUAACUGUAUGGAUCCUCUCGGACGCAGUGCCCUUUUAAUAGCCAUAGAGAAUGAAAACCUGGAGAUCAUGGAGUUACUGCUGAGCCACAGUAUUUACGUGGGAGAUGCUCUGUUGUAUGCAAUACGGAAGGAGGUGGUUGGAGCGGUGGAGCUGCUUCUGAGUUACAGGAAGCCAAGUGGUGAAAAGCAGGUCCCUACCUUGAUGAUGGACACCCAGUUUUCAGAAUUCACCCCUGAUAUCACCCCAAUAAUGUUGGCGGCCCACACCAACAACUACGAAAUCAUCAAACUGCUUGUCCAAAGACGGGUAACAAUACCGCGCCCCCACCAGAUCAGAUGCAACUGCGUGGAAUGUGUCUCCAGUUCCGAGGUGGACAGCCUGAGGCAUUCCAGGUCAAGGCUGAACAUCUACAAAGCCUUAGCCAGCCCUUCGUUGAUUGCCUUAUCGAGUGAGGACCCGAUUUUGACAGCCUUCCGGCUGGGCUGGGAGCUGAAGGAGCUCAGCAAAGUGGAGAAUGAGUUCAAGGCUGAAUACGAAGAGCUUUCCCAGCAGUGCAAACGUUUUGCUAAGGACCUUUUGGACCAGGCACGGAGCUCCAGGGAACUGGAGAUCAUUCUCAACCACAGGGAUGAUCAGAGCGAGGAGCUGGAUCCCCAAAAAUGUCAUGAUUUGGCAAAGCUAAAGGUAGCAAUAAAGUAUCAUCAGAAAGAGUUUGUUGCUCAGCCAAACUGCCAGCAGCUGUUAGCGACACUUUGGUACGACGGUUUUCCAGGAUGGAGGCGGAAACACUGGGCAGUCAAGCUCUUGACCUGCAUCACCAUUGGACUGCUAUUUCCUGUGCUUUCUGUGGCAUAUUUAAUCGCACCUAAGAGCAGGCUGGGACUGUUCAUUAAAAAGCCAUUUAUAAAGUUUAUCUGCCACACCGGUUCUUACCUAACCUUCCUCUUCAUGCUACUUCUGGCAUCGCAGCACAUUGUCAGGACUGAUCUCCAUGUGCAGGGGCCACCUCCCACCGUCGUUGAAUGGAUGAUCCUACCCUGGGUUCUAGGUUUUAUUUGGGGAGAAAUCAAGGAGAUGUGGGAUGGUGGAUUCAAUGAGUAUGUACAUGACUGGUGGAAUCUGAUGGACUUUGCAAUGAACUCACUCUACCUUGCAACUAUCUCCUUGAAAAUUGUUGCUUAUGUCAAGUAUAAUGGUUCUCGUCCAAGGGAGGAAUGGGAAAUGUGGCACCCGACACUCAUUGCAGAAGCUCUCUUUGCAAUAUCCAACAUUUUAAGUUCCUUGCGUCUCAUAUCCCUGUUUACAGCAAACUCCCACCUGGGCCCCUUGCAGAUCUCUCUGGGACGCAUGCUGCUAGACAUCCUCAAAUUCCUUUUUAUCUACUGUCUGGUGCUUCUGGCUUUUGCCAAUGGACUGAACCAGCUUUAUUUUUAUUAUGAGACCAGUGCCUCGGAGGAACCCAACAACUGCAAGGGGAUCCGAUGUGAGAAACAGAACAAUGCCUUCUCCACACUUUUUGAGACCCUCCAGUCGCUCUUCUGGUCCGUGUUUGGUCUGUUGAAUCUCUACGUCACCAACGUGAAGGCUAGGCAUGAGUUCACGGAGUUUGUCGGGGCCACCAUGUUCGGAACGUACAAUGUCAUCUCCCUGGUCGUGCUGCUGAACAUGCUCAUAGCCAUGAUGAACAACUCCUACCAGCUCAUUGCUGACCACGCGGAUAUUGAGUGGAAGUUUGCACGGACAAAGCUGUGGAUGAGUUACUUUGAUGAAGGUGGCACUCUGCCACCUCCAUUUAAUAUUAUUCCAAGUCCCAAGUCAAUCUGGUACCUUUGCAAGUGGAUCCACAAUCAACUGUGCCCAGACAUGGACUCUGAGGAUGAACAGAAGAGGCAUGAAAACCUAAAAACAUUCACAGAACGGCAUGCUGACAACCUGAUUCAGAAUCAACAUUACCAGGAAGUGAUCAGAAAUCUAGUGAAAAGAUAUGUUGCAGCAAUGAUACGAAAUUCCAAAACCAACGAGGGAUUAACUGAAGAAAAUUUUAAGGAAUUAAAGCAGGACAUAUCUAGCUUUCGCUAUGAAGUUCUUGACCUCUUGGGAAACAGGAAACCCCAGAGGAGAAGUUACUCUACGAGCAGCACAGAGGUCUCCCAAAAGGAUGAAACCAACGAGGAUGGUGCUGGAGAAAAAGCUAAAGCCAAGAGUGUUUCUUUCAAUAUAGACAACAAGAAAAAAGAUUUCAAUGUGUCAGCUCUGAUUAAAACUAUGUCUGGGAUCGAAAUUGUGGAAGAGAAACCAAAAAGCAACGGAAUAAAUAAGCGCUCUUUCGUCCGAAACGGGAAUAGGGUUCAGAGACUUUCGAGCUCCAAGAAAGAGUCUUUCAAAAGACUGGGUCUCCUCUUCUCGAAGAUGAAUGGACAUGUGCCUGAGCCAAAUUCAGAGCCUAUGUACACUAUUUCAGAUGGAGUUAUUCAGCCGCAUUACAUGUGGCAAGACAUUAAAUAUUCUCAGAUCGAUAAAGAGAGAGAAGAGAACUGUUCCAAAAGUGAAAUUAACCUCAAUGAGGUGGACUACAGUGGGAACAUGAGACUUACUGGACAGAGCAAGGAAUGUCCUAUGGUUUGUACCAGCUCUCUUCACUGUGCUUCCAAUAUUUGUUCCUCUAAUUCCAAACUUAUAGACUCCACCGAGGAUGUGUUUGACUCCUGGGGAGAGACCUGUGACUUGCUUAUAAACCAGUGGAAAGAUGGGCAGGAAGAUCAUAUUACAACUCGGCUAUAAGUAAAGCUAUUUAACACCUGCUAGAGAACAUAGCUAAAUAUUUGUAAUUGUUUGCUAUCACCGAUGAUUCAGAAUCAGGAUUCCCUUUCGGUCCCUAGCAUCGGGUGUAGAACUCUAGUUAUUUUAGCCUGUUUUAUAGCCACCUUUACCACAUUUUUUUAUUUGCUUUUUUACACUCACCGAUGCUGAACUAUUUACCAGUUUGGGCCAAUUUUAAGGAUGUUCAAUACUAAGCAGCAGAGGUGCAGAUUGCUGUUCCCUACCAAUUGUUAUGCUUAGCCUGUAUGCGCUUACUGUAACUCCCAAGGUUCUUUUACUGAUGCAGAUCAAGUCUUCAGAUCCCAUAAACCUCAGACAUUUUGGUGGCAGAGUAAAGGACCUGUAUAGUUUCUUUCCUAAUCCAAACUAUCUGGUUGUCAGAGACAGAUGUUGCCUCCUGAUUCAAUGGGUGCAGUGAUUGGGGGGGAGAAAGUAGGGGGAUCAUAGUAGACCUAGGCCUUUGAGGGUCGCUGUUCUUCCUGCAGGAACGGGAGGUGGGGAGGAGAUCGGGAGUCAAAGAGGGCCGGGGGGGGGUCAUUUCUCUCCCCACGGGAAUGGGAGAAGUCAAAGGCCUAGGGGGGUUGCUUCCUCUCCAUGGGGACUGGGGGGCCUCUGCUAUGUAUGCAGCCUGGGGGCUGGUCCAGCCUCUCCUUGAGCUCCAGCCCCGCUGCUGGUGGGAGCUGUAUCCCUGACCCAGUCACCUUGGGCCUCAUCCAAAGUGAGAUCUGGAUUUGGCCAGGGUAGGUGAGUCACUCCCUGCACUAUCAAUGGCAAGCACAAAAUCCGAGUGGGUCUGUGAACCUGUGUACCAGGUCACACCACCCCCGACUCAAAUUUGUCCCAGUCACCCCCUUAUUACCAAGGGGGGCUGCCGGGCCAAACCUGAACUGAGGGCCCUGAAGAAGUGCCCCCAGUGCACACCAGUUCAUCUGGGCCUCAUUUUUGUGGGUGCAGUGGAACUCAUGGACCUCUGCUCAAGCCACCAUUGCUGCAUGUUGCACAUUCUCCUCAUUUCACUGCUCCACGGUACCAGCUAGUGAAAAGUAGCUUAACUGGAGACUAAGAGCCAAACUGGAAGAAUUGUCAGAAGGGGUUUCCACUUAUAACUGGCCUUUUUCUUUUUUAAGCAAUACAGCCUCUGAUUAUUUCACUUGUGUGUGUUUUUAAGGUUGUACAUUAUAGUCUCAAUGUAAACUAUUACUGAAAUGAGAAAAGUUUAUCAGCCAGUUACCAUCUUCUAUUAAGUUACGUGCUCUGCUUAUAUUGAUCUUAUUUUUCGUUUAUCAGAUACAUUUAGUAAUCUGCUAUCCCUCUCAUUAGAAGUAGAGUUACUUACCCCUUUUACACUGAAAGAGAAAUUGAGGGACUGGCAUAGUUAUAGGGCUCUGCAUAAAGAUGGGACUGAACUACAAUCCAAGAUCCAAACAUCCCUGCCUGUGUUUGAAAUACAACCCGCCAUCUGAAAUUUAAAAAUGGCUCCUAUAUCUUUGUAAUGGGUUGCACCAAAGCCCCACAUCUGAGCCGCCCUGAAUCUCUUGCUGUUUGAAAUUCAGAUCUGAAUUUUGUGGUUUCAGCCCAUCUCUAGUGCUGCCUUAACUUUUUGUUAUCUACAGAUUUUUCAGUCUGGGAUGGUACAAUGUUUUAGGCAGAAAACUGAUCUCCUGCUGUGCUAUCAAGCGCUAAGAAAGAACAUCUGCCUUGUUUUCAUUAAUUGCAUUCCUUAAAACCAGCCUUUGAACUUUGCCCAUUGCAGGUUCUAUUCUAGCGGCACCAAAAUGGAACACGGCAGUAGAUAUCCCUUAGUAUUUGUUUCCAGUAGUGCUACAGUAUGCUAGGUGCUGUGUAAGCAUAAAGGAUGGUACUGUCCCCGCCCCAAACAGCUUCACAGCCUUAAGGAGACACACAGACGAAGGGGAAGGGAUGUAAUACAACAUACAGUUGAUGAAGAUGGUGAUUCUGAUAGCGCAGUGCUUGAUAACAGAACUUUCUUGGUUGUUGCUGCUGAGAUAUGUAGACUAGCACCAAUCACCCCUCUCCCGUGCCAUUAGUCAGUUGCUUUCUUACAGGAAUCACGGUGGAAGUAGACCUGCAGGAGGAUAUUAAGGCCUUGGCUACACUUGGGGAUUCACAGCGCUGCCGUGGCAGCGCUGUGA